AUGGAAAAUGCCCGCUUCUCCAUGUUAACCACAUCAAACGGAGAUGACGAGGAUGACUUGUUGUUCACCAGAAGAGACAGACGGGGUUCGGGGUCCCCGGUAAAACGCCGUAUGUCCCGGACGGACAACACCAGCCCGCUGCUGCCCAAAGAGACUCGAGACUCUCCGAGUGAAUCUCCAACUAGGUCAACAGACUCCGCACAGAGACAUGACUAUGCUGGUCCUACAGUUCGACGAAGAAACUCAGUUGCUUACCAGGAUGGCCUCGUACAUCGGAGGAACCGGUCCCAGUCGGAGCAGCUGGACAUGCCGGAGGAAGUGUUGAGGAGCCUCCGCCGAGGCAGGAGAAGGUCUUCGGCGACUCGUGCCGUUUGUGACAUUUCGCUAGGAGAAGACGUUCGGCAGAUGAUGUUCUCCUUGAGUUAUCUGCCAUCGCCUGGUCAACUGACGGUCACCAUUAUAAAGGCACGGAACAUCGUGCCUAAGAACCACCUUCUACCUCCUCCAGAUUCGUACGCCAAAGUGGCCUUGAUGUGUGAAAGUCGGAAGAUAGACAGGAAGAAAACGAGGGUGAUAACAGGCACAGCUGAUCCGAUCUUCAACCAGUCCUUCCUGUUUGAUGUGGCUGAAGUGGACAUGAAAGGAGUAUUUCUGUCUUUGGUUUUACAGGAUACUGCAGGAAAACCGCUAGGGGGCAGUGAAGUUGGCCCUUGGUCAGAGCAGUGGAAUGAGAUGCUGGAUAACCCCCGGAAACCCGUCACCAGUUGGUGUACCCUAAAAGACGUGACGUCAGACAGAAGAAGGAGUAGCGAGGACCAAAGCUGAGGCCCCGACG